GCGGCGAUGAGCCGGCCGGGGGCCUGGAGGACGCCGAGGGACCCCGGCGGCAGUACGGCUUCAUGCAGAGGCAGUUCACCUCCAUGCUGCAGCCCGGCGUCAACAAAUUCUCCCUCCGCAUGUUUGGGAGCCAGAAGGCGGUGGAGAAGGAGCAGGAAAGGGUUAAAACUGCAGGCUUCUGGAUUAUCCACCCCUACAGCGAUUUCAGGUUUUAUUGGGAUUUAAUAAUGCUUAUAAUGAUGGUUGGCAAUCUGGUCAUCAUACCCGUUGGAAUCACAUUCUUCACAGAACAAACAACAACACCGUGGAUUAUUUUCAACGUGGCCUCAGAUACAGUUUUCCUCUUGGACCUGAUCAUGAAUUUUAGGACUGGGACUGUCAAUGAAGACAGCUCUGAAAUUAUCCUGGACCCUAAAGUGAUCAAGAUGAAUUAUUUAAAAAGCUGGUUUGUGGUGGACUUCAUCUCAUCAAUCCCAGUGGAUUAUAUCUUCCUCAUUGUAGAAAAGGGAAUGGAUUCGGAAGUUUACAAGACGGCCAGGGCACUUCGCAUCGUGAGGUUUACAAAAAUUCUCAGUCUCUUGCGCUUAUUACGACUUUCAAGAUUAAUUAGAUACAUACAUCAGUGGGAAGAGAUUUUCCACAUGACCUACGACCUGGCCAGCGCGGUGGUGCGCAUCUUCAACCUCAUCGGCAUGAUGCUGCUGCUGUGCCACUGGGACGGCUGCCUGCAGUUCCUGGUGCCGCUGCUACAGGACUUCCCCUCCGACUGCUGGGUGUCGCUCAACAAGAUGGUUAAUGACUCUUGGGGAAAGCAGUAUUCCUAUGCGCUCUUCAAGGCCAUGAGCCACAUGCUGUGCAUCGGGUACGGCGCGCAGGCCCCCGUCAGCAUGUCGGACCUGUGGAUCACCAUGCUGAGCAUGAUCGUGGGGGCCACCUGCUACGCCAUGUUUGUGGGCCACGCCACGGCUUUAAUCCAGUCUCUGGAUUCCUCCAGACGGCAGUACCAAGAGAAGUAUAAGCAAGUGGAACAAUACAUGUCAUUCCAUAAGUUGCCAGCUGAUAUGCGUCAGAAGAUUCAUGAUUACUAUGAACACAGAUACCAAGGCAAGAUCUUUGAUGAGGAAAAUAUUCUCAAUGAACUGAACGAUCCUCUGAGAGAGGAGAUAGUCAACUUCAACUGUCGGAAACUCGUGGCCACGAUGCCUCUGUUUGCUAACGCUGACCCCAAUUUUGUGACUGCCAUGCUGAGCAAGUUGAGAUUCGAGGUGUUUCAACCUGGAGAUUAUAUCAUACGAGAAGGAGCUGUGGGUAAAAAAAUGUACUUCAUUCAGCAUGGUGUUGCUGGAGUCAUCACAAAGUCCAGUAAAGAAAUGAAGCUGACCGACGGCUCGUACUUCGGAGAGAUUUGCCUGCUGACCAAGGGACGCCGCACUGCCAGUGUUCGAGCUGACACAUACUGUCGUCUUUAUUCACUUUCUGUGGACAACUUCAAUGAGGUCCUGGAGGAAUAUCCGAUGAUGAGAAGAGCCUUUGAGACGGUUGCCAUUGACCGACUAGAUCGGAUAGGCAAGAAAAAUUCAAUUCUUCUGCAAAAGUUCCAGAAGGAUCUUAACACUGGUGUUUUCAACAACCAGGAGAACGAGAUCCUGAAGCAGAUCGUGAAACACGACCGGGAGAUGGUGCAGGCCAUCGCUCCAAUCAGUUACCCGCAGAUGCCAGCCCCGAACGCCGCCUCCACGGCCACGCCCACCUCCCGCAUGAGGACCCAGUCACCGCCCGUGUACACCGCCACCAGCCUGUCCCCUAGCAACCUGCACUCCCCCAGCCCCAGCACGCAGACCCCCCAGCCCUCGGCCAUCCUCUCGCCCUGCUCCUACACCACGGCCGUCUGCAGCCCGCCCGUCCAGAGCCCGCUGGCCGCCCGAACUUUCCAC